AAAAUAAAACAAUAAAAAAUAAAACCUGCUCCAUCGAAAAACAAAAUCAGCCGCUGCCACAUCCCACAGUGGCCUUGUAAGCACUGAACAACUCAUCUCUCCGGAAACGUAGCGGUACUUGCUCGUCGGCCGCCGGGAACAGCGUUAAACUCGUCCAGGAAAAUGGCGUUCAGAGGCAAAGAGAUGAUGAAGAAAGUUCUCAAGAAAGUUGGAGAGAAGAAUUUGACUCCACGAGUGAAGCAAUCUUUGGAGAAAUGUCUUCCUCGAAGCAAAGUUGUGAUGAAUCGCGCUAAGCGCGGUCUAUUUGCCGGGAAACACAUUCAGUUUGGCAAUAGUGUUAGUGAAGAUGGUGGUAACAGGACAAGGAGAACUUGGAAACCUAAUGUCCAGGACAAAAGGCUCUUUAGUUAUAUUCUAGAUCGUCACAUUCGUGUUAAAGUCACCACUCACGCCCUUCGUUGCAUAGACAAGGCAGGUGGAAUUGAUGAAUACUUGCUGAGGACUCCUUAUCACAAAAUGGACACAGAAAUAGGCCUCUUGUGGAAGGCGAAGAUUGAGAAGUUGUAUGAAGAACUUGGAACGAAGGAGGUUGUAUUCUUUUCGCCAGAGGAUGAAGAGAAGUUUGAACAGGGCUUCAAAGAUUUGAGAUUAGCCGAAAGGGAAGCACGAAAAGAAGUCAGAAAAAUGGUGUACGCUGGGAUGAACAAGCAUAAACUAAUUGAGGUUGAAAGUAAGGAUGAUCAAUCUAGUGAGGAAGGAGCUGCUAAAAUUGAGGGAGAAAUCUCACACGAUCCAUCAAAGCGAUUGGUUCCUGUCUCGUAUGUGUUAGCUGCCGACAAACUCAAAGUUGGAAGUUAUAUUACUAAUUGAUGUUAUGUCUGAUAGUGGCAGUGUAAGUUGUUUUAGCUCAGUGAGUAUGAAAGUCUUGGUUAUUUGAUUUUUGGUUUACUCUGGUUUUAUGCUCUAAACUUUCUGUAUUCAAAGUCAUAAUUCUUUGCUCCAAAAUAAUAGUUGAUUCUUGUAAUAGAACCAAAUUUCUUGAUGCGCUUUUAGUAAAUCUAAAGGGUAUUCUAACAA